GACAAGGACAACACUAAUUUGUUUCUACAAAAGCCUGGGUCAUUUUCAAAACUAAGCAAACUGUUAGAGGUAGCAAAAAUGCCACCUGAAUCUGACAUUAUGUCCCCAAAAUCUAAUGGCAGUGGAGCAAAUGGCUGCACAUUAUCUUACCCAAGUAACUCAAAAAGCUCUGUCUGCAGUCUUCAGCCCACUGCAUCACAAAGCACCACUGAGAAGUCUGAUUCUAAUAAUCUUUUCUGUCCUAAUGCAAGUGGGACAGGAAAGUUUUACAGUUCUCCACUAAUUCCAAAUGAUCAGUUGCUAAAGACUCUUACUGAAAAGAGCCGACAGUGGUUCAGCCUUUUACCAAGAACACCCUGUGACGACACAUCAGUUACCCAUAUAGAAACACCAGCUACUACUUCACUUACUCCUCAGUCACAUCCACCACCAAAGUCACCUUCGCCUGUUCCAUCGCCUCUCCUGGGCUCAACCUCUGCACAGAGUCCAAUGGGAUUAAGUGCUUUUGCACUGUCACCACUGCAGCAGAUGAAGACUGGACUACCUAUAAUGGGACUUCAGUUUUGUGGAUGGCCGCCAGGAGUUCUUACUUCAAAUGUUCCAUUUUCAUCUCCUUUACCUGCUCUUGGAUCAGGGUUGGGAUUAUCAGAAGUGAAUGGUAACUCAUUCUUGGCAUCUAGUGUUCCUGCAAGUAAAAGUGAAUCACCAGCACUACAGACUGAAAAAACAGCUUCUGCCCCUUCUGCAGCAGUUGAAGUAGCCAAGCCAGUAGAUUAUCCUAACCCCAAACCUAUACCAGAAGAAAUGCAGUAUGGGUGGUGGAGGAUUACUGAUCCAGAGGACCUAAAAUGUUUGCUUAAAGCACUCCAUCUCAGGGGAAUCAGAGAAAAGGCCUUACAAAAGCAAAUACAGAAACACAUGGAUUACAUCACUCUGGCCUGCAUCAAAAAUAAGGAUGGUAUGUAAUUGAUAUUUAUGUUACACAUGAUGUUGGGGCAUAAGGCGACUGGCAUAGAGCUCU